ACAUGUACAGCUUAUUUCGAAUUACAAAAUGAAGGAUCUGCUAGGCAUAAUUAUCCUUUUGGCGCGGAUAGUUCCUUUCAGUGGUUUGACCAGUUGCCCUGACGCCUGGACGGCCUUUAUGGGGUCAUGUUACCUAUUUGGACAUGAUUUGAUGACUUUCCAUGAAGCAGCCGUUCUUUGUAAGUCGUACGAAGCCAACUUGAUCCACAUCGAAACCAGUAAUGAAAACACGUUUAUUGAGGACCAGUUGAAGCACCUGUAUCGUGCCUCUUCGGCCACAGCAUGGUGGAUCGGAUUAACAGAUGAAAACGUGGAAGGGCUAUGGAAAUGGCAUGACACUGACACACUAGCAACAUUUACUGACUGGUUCCCUGGCGAACCGAGUAACGGGGGAAACAAUGAAGACUGCGCGUCAAUCUACGUCCGGGAAGGCUUCCACUGGAACGACGUGAAUUGCCAACUCUUCAAGUACUAUCCAAUCUGCGAAAUACAGGACCAAAAUUACAAUGUUGAGGUUGUUGGCUAGUUUCUGGAGACGCAACGGAGGCAUCAAUCCCCUUCUUACAACCUUCUCAGCUCAACACACUUAGCAUUCAAACGUGUAUAAAUGAAGAACAUUUCCAAAGAAUAGCUUUCAUAUGUUUUUAUGUAAAAACUACAGUCAAGGUUCAAUCUUUAACAAUGGUAAAACAUGUGUGUAUAAUAUUUGUUUGUUAAAUCCGCUUGCGUCAAAUGAAAAAGUAUAUCCUCAAUAUGAAAAUGCGAUUGUUCCAAAUUGUCUAAAAUGGUUGUGUGGCUUCUUUGUGAUAUCUUCUUUAUAUCUAGAAAUUUAAUGAUAAAAGGAUCUUAAAGUCUCAUCCUGGCCAUACAGGUGGCAAUAAUGUUUUAUUUGGGAAAGCGUCAAUCAAUUUAGCACCUAAAACUGUUUAAGAAUUUCUAUGUGUGAAUGCAAAUGCUUAACGAGAUUUUAAUAAACAACUUAGAGUUCACUAAUAGGUCGUUGAAUACAUUUACUCGUUUUAAUAACUGAACAUCUAUGUGUUAAACCUUAUAAAUAUAGAUACAUGUUUUUUCUUAUUGAACUGUGUUUUGUUCCUUAACACCAACGUUUGCCUCUGCUCAGGAUUAUGUAAAUACAAAAGAAUCUAUAAACUAACAGUACAAUAUAAUUGUGAGGAGUUUAGCUUAAGCAUUUAUAAUUGCUAACUGAAUAAUUCAUAAUCUAUUAGAAGUUAGGAAAAAUGGAGAACAGAAGAUAAUUGAUUUUUUUGUGCGCAUGGAAAACAUAUGAAGAAUGUAAGAACGGGAAGAACAUGUGAAAAAAUAAGAGAAGGUAAUUGCAAUUAUACCAUCUUUUACCAAGGCGUUUCAAUAACUUGUUGCUUCCAAAUGCAUCUUUAAAAAAGACAAACGAAAUAAUAAUAACCAAAAUGUUUAGAAACUUUUAAACAUUUGUACGGUUAGUUUACAUAAUUGUAAUAACAUAAAACACAAUAACAUAAAGAUUAUUCGGAGUAAAUCAUGAAAUGCUAGUUAUAAAAUCUUCUGUUUUCGUAAACAAAUAUUAUCAACAAAAUGAUUUGAAAGCCUUACGACACCAUAAUUCAAAAAAAAUAAUUGGCGCAGUACUUUACGUUAAAAUAUUGUUAGAAAAUCUGGUGCGACAUUGGACAUACGUGUUGAAUAUAAUACUAUAUAUUCAGCAGACUGAAGGAAAUAAAUGUUGCAUGAAAUGAAUUCAAUAUCUCACUUUGAUAAGACUUUGUUUACAUUUGGUUUAAUCAUGACUAGUUACAUCCAAUCACAAUUUCAAAAUAUAAAGCACACAAGAAAUUAUUUCCCUACAAUUGUUUGAUUUAUUUACUCUGUGUUUAGUCUUAACAUCAAUCAAAGCCUCUAACUUAAAAAAACAUACAUAACUAUUGAUUUGCCUGAAGAUGACAACAGG